CGUCAUCCAUGUCCAAGCUGCCGUAGGCAACAGUCAGCUCUUGGUUGAGUUCUGGUUCCCAAACCAAUUCUGCCCCGUAACAUAUGCGCAUAAUUCACUUGGUGCUCCUCUCUGGGGUUUGACUUCCCGCCUGCGACAAUGGCCGACAAGGAGGCCUCCGUUUACAUCAUUGAUGUCGGCCAGUCCAUGGCCAAGAGCAACGGGGAACGAACCGAAUCCGAUCUGGAUUGGAGCAUGCGCUAUGUCUGGGACAAGAUCUCAACCACGGUUGCGGCAUCGCGCAAGACAUGGACUGUCGGGGCCAUCGGACUGCGUACCGACGAAACCGACAAUCCCCAGGACAAAGCAGGCCUCGAGGGUUACGAGAACAUCUCCGUGCUCCAGGGGAUUGGACCGAUGAGUAUGACAUCUCUGAAGGAGCUUCGGGGCAAGAUCCAACCUUCAAGCACUACCGAAGGAGAUGCAAUCUCUGCAAUCGUAACUGCUGUUACCAUGAUCGGAGAGUUCACGAAGAAGCUCAAGUACAACAGGAAGAUAUUCCUAGUAACGGACGCCAAAGGCCCAAUGGACAGCGAGUCUCUUGAAGAAGUAUCCGAGAAGAUUAACGACUCAAAUAUCGAGCUCGUGGUUAUUGGCGUUGACUUCGAUGAUGCCGAAUACGGAUUCAAGGAGGAAGACAAGCCCAAAUUGAAGGCAAAGAAUGAGAAGAUAUUGCAGACACUAGUCGGGCAAUGCAAAAAUGGCGUCUAUGGCACGAUGGCCGAGGCUGUCGAAGAGCUCUCUAUGCCGAGGAUCAAGCCAGUCCGGCCCUUCAAGAGCUAUGAUGGGCCCCUUACCCUCGGGGACCCUGAACAAUACCCAAGCGCGAUAAGCAUCCCCGUCGAGCGAUACUUCAGGACAAAGUUGGCGCACCCAUUAUCAGCAAGCACUGUAAUCAUGAAAUCCGAGCCUGCGGGAGGCCCGUCUCAGGAUAAGGGCGAGGCAGAAGACGUCGAGAUGUCGGGCAUCGGCUUCGCUAGCGUGAGGCAGGUACGAACGUACAAGGUCAGCGACCCAGAUGCACCAGGCGGAAAGAGAGACGUCGAGUUCGACUCCCUAGCGAAAGGCUACGAGUACGGUCGGACAGUUGUGCACAUCGCCGAGUCCGAUUGGAACGUCACCAAACUCGAGACGAAGAAGAGCUUCUCGAUCCUCGGCUUUAUCCCUUCCAGCAGUUACGAACCUUUCUUAAAUAUGGGAGAAGCCGGUGUCAUUGUCGCAAAUAAGUUCAACGAGAAGGCCGAGUUGGCGCUCUCCUCGCUGAUCAACUCACUGUACGAGUUGGAGUCUUACGGGGUGGCAAGAUACGUAGCGAAGGAUGGCGCCAGCCCCGUCCUCGUACUUCUGAUCCCGAGUCCAAAACUGGAAGGGGAUGCCGAGUGCCUCUACGAUGUCCCUCUCCCAUUUGCGGAAGAUGUUCGAGUUUAUCAGUUCCCUCCGUUAGACAAAGUUGUCACAGUGAACGGCACGGUCCUGACGAAACAUCGGCUACUUCCGGAUGAUGAGCUCAAUAAGGCAAUGAGCGACUAUGUUGACGCGAUGGAUCUUUCCACCUUUGACACAGACGACGACGGCAACCCGAAGGAAUAUGCAGCAGUUGACGAGUCUUACAACCCGGUCAUCCACCGUAUCAACCAAGCAAUCCGCCAGCGUGCCGUGCAUCCGGACGAACCUCUCGAGGCGGCAGCUGGUAUUCUCCUCCGGUUUUCAGGGCCCCCUGAAGGUCUUGUUGAGCGUGCCAAGCCACAUAUCGAUUCUCUUGUCGAAAGUGCCGAUGUCAAAAAAGUGCCCCCGAAAGCGAAAGGCAAGCGGAAGCGCGAGACUGUCAAGCCGAUUUCUGGCCUUGAUGUCGACGCCCUGCUGGGUCAGAAGAAGAAGGGGACAAAGAUUGCGCCAGAAAACGCAAUUCCCGAGUUCAAGCAGAUGCUCGCCGCGGCCGACGAAGUCUCGACUAUCGAGGACGCUACGAAGCAGAUGGGCGAGAUUGUUUCCAGGCUCAUACGUGAUAGCUUCGCCGACAUCAACUACGAUCGAGCAGCGGAGAACCUGAGAGUAAUGCGGGAGGAACUCAUCAGCCUAGAGGAGCCCGGGCUCUACAACUCCUUCCUGAGAGACCUCAAGAAGAAAAUAGAUGGUGGGGAUCUAAACGGUGACAGGCGUGAGAUGUGGCAGGAGAAGAUCGUUGCCGGCCGCUUAACUCUCAUAACGGAGCGAGAGACCGAAGUGUCUGACGUGACCGAAGCGGAAGCUAAGGAGUUUGAGAAGUGACAACCUAGUUGCAGUCCAUUGUGGUUGAACGGAAACGCCAGUAUUUGCACGGGCAGCUGGAGGAGGCAAGACCUAGGCAGUAUUGACAAAGGCGUACGAGCUUGGCUGUUAAUUUAUGGCUGGGAUUAAGGGUAUGAUAUAGGCUGUGCUUUGGCUAUACCAGACUAUCUCGCCUUCACCUGGCUUGUACCUAAUCGGACGAGUGUCAAAAAAGACUCUAUUACCGCGACGGGCCUGACAGAAGUAACUUGAGAAUCCGCCAGAGACUACUCAGUUACAAGAUUACAUGUUCCAGCCGACUAGUAGAGUAGAUGAGUAAAGGUCUGACCAGUCAGUAGGACAUCACGGUCCCGAAGGAAGAGGCGGGAGAUAUCUCGUCCAGGUCACCAAAUGCAAUCCAAAAUGGCAAGC